AUGCCUGCGGCCAAUAGCUCCCCCGAUGCAUCGACGCCUGAUUCAGCGAUAACAUUACAAGAGAGGCCGAUACAAAAAGCCUUUUCCUGCGUCCUAUGUGCUCAGCGGAAAGUCAAAUGCGAUAAAGCGCCGGGCGGGUGCUCAAAUUGCACGAAGGCGCGCGUGGACUGUAUCUACAAAGCUCCUCCGCCCCCAAGGCGGCGCAAGAAAGGGCAACAAAAGGGCGAAGUAGAUGUCCAGGCUAGGUUGAAGCUAUACGAGAAGGCGCUGAGAGAGCGUGGUGUGGAUCCUGAGGAAUUGGUGAGGGAGGAGGAGGGGACAGGUCGACCAGAGGAGCCGGUUGGGGUUAAUAAGUAUGUGGACGAUAUCAGGGUGUCCCGCGACGGGAUUGCGAAAGGAAAUGACAAGAAGGGGACGGGUGUUCUAGUGGCUGAAGGAGGGAAGAGCAGGUAUCUGGAGAAUACACUAUGGACCAGCCUGCAAAGCGAAUUUCGAGACCCGAAGAGAAUAUUAGAAGACUCUUCAGAUGACGAAGAGGUGGAACUUACUCCGGUAUGGAUCCUGACCGGCGUUGCUGCCCGCAUCGGCCAACGCAUUGGUCUCCACCGCGACCCCGAGACCCUCGGCCUCACCCCUUUCGAGUGCGAAAUGCGCCGCCGCCUCUGGUACCAGAUCAUGAUGCAAGAUGGCUUCGCAGAGAAACUCGCCGGCACGGGCGGCACCAUGUUUUUCGGCGAAGUGAGACGACCCUCAAACCUCAACGAUAGCGACCUCUUCCCCGACAUGAAAGAGCUCCCCGCAGAGCACCAGGGUGCCACCGAAAUGAUGUUCUUCCUCAUCCGCUGCCAUCUUGGUGAGUUCCUGCGGCACUCCAAGAACCCAAAUAGCUCGUUCGACGGCGUGUGGAACACGCUGAGCGGGGACCGGGCGAGCCUGCAGGCCAAGGACAAAGCAAUCGACGAGCUGGCCGCGCUGUACCAGCGCAGGUUUCUCGACCACUGCGACGCGAGUAUCCCCUGGCACUACAUGUGCACGUACCUCUCCAAAGGCGUGGUCGCCAUGCUGCGCUUCAUAUCGCACUGCCCAGACGGUUCCGACGCCAAACUCCCGCAAUCCGAGAAAGAUCUGCUCUUUGAGUGGGCGGUGAGCGUCGUCCGCUGGCAGAAUAUGGCGUACACGACCAAAGAAAUGCAGGGCUGUUUAUGGCAUAUCAAUAGCCAUUUCCAGUGGAAGGCGUUUGUGUAUUUUGUGUCUGCGCUGAAGUAUAGGACGGAGGGGGAGGAAGUAGACAGGGCGUGGAAAGAUGUACAGACGGUGUUUGAUUUCCAUCCGAAUUUCUCGACGCAGGCGAGCAGGCAGGCGCUGCCGAUUGCGGUGGCUACGCUCACGCUGACGAGUUGGGAUGCGUAUAUUGCUGCGAGGGGUAUGCCGAAAGGGGGCGAGCCGCCUUUCAUUCAGGUCCUGCGUGCAAGGAAGGCGAAAGCGGACUCAAAACCUACGAAAUCGCACCGAGCCGCGGUAGCUCCACCACAGGCACCCCUCUCAAAUCCCGACCCCACCACACAAACCCACUUCAUCCCGCACCAGGAUAUUUCAGCGCCAGGCGGAUACGCUGAACCCAUCGACACCUUCCAGUGGGACGCCAGUCUGGCGACUACGUUUGAUAACCCUCAGCUGGGCGAUCUGGACGUCCCGAUGCUGGAAGAUCAGUCCAACUGGUCGAAUUGGGACAACUUGAUGCUGAAUUUUGAGCUGCAGAAGGCGAAUAGCUUUGCGGCGGAUGGGGCUGGGUUUGAGAUGCCGUACGACAGCUUGCUCACGUCGGGUGACUAUUCGGAUCUAACCAUAACUUGUCAAUCGGACAGUUACAAGGUCCACAAAGCAAUUGUGUGUCCUCGAGCAAAAUUCUUCGGGAAUGCCAUUAAGUUUCCUGGCAAGGUGAAUAAGCAAUUUGUACUCAAAGAGUCAGAGUCGAACACAAUAUCCUUGCCCAAAGAUGACCCCGCGAUGGUGAAGCUGCUCAUUCAGUAUCUCUACGAGGGAGACUACUUUCCACCAUGCCUGCCUUCUACUUCAUCGAGUCCAUCCACGAACUCGUAUUUCCAAAACGACAGAAGCUCGGAGUGGAAGAAAGCCUCUUAUCACGUGGUUCAGCAGCCGGAAAUGCCUCAUACCUGUACCGAAUAUGAAGUUUACUGCGAUCAUCCUGCAGUGUGUGAGCAUCAUCAGUGUGGCGGAGAGUGCGAUUACCAUUGCAUCGACUUCUGCUGUGCAGAGUGUAAUCCUCCUCCGAGCCUUGGCGAGGGUGCAAAUCAGCUCUCGACGCACGCCAGUAUGUACGCCAUCGGCGACCAGUAUGGCGUGAUUGGCCUCAAACAGCUCUCUCAAGAAAAGUUCAGGUGUGCCUGUCUACAUUUUUGGAAUCAAUCCGAGUUUGUCGUCGCCGCGCAUUUGGUUUUCUCCACCACAUUGGACGAGGAUAAGGGCCUUCGCGAUAUCGUUUCGGAGACUAUCUCUGGCCAUAUGGAGUUGGUCAACAAGCCGGAGAUCGAGGUAUUGAUGACUGAAUUCAGCAGCCUCGCUUUCGGACUGUUGAAGCGGAAGGUUUCAAUGGGCUGGAUCUAA